UGGCGAUGUCGACAUUGAACCAAGCGAAGCAGACGACAAAGGCACAGAAGCAGGCGACAAAAACACAGGAGCAGGCAACAAAGACACAGGAGCAGACAACAAAGACACAGGAGUAGGCGACAAAGACACAGGAGUAGGCGACAAAGACACUGGAGCAGGUGGCAAAGACACUGGAGCAGGCGAAGUACACACUUUUGAAUUUCAUGUAUGGACCAUGACAGAUAAAUGA